GUUGGGAAUAUGAGUUAACGACGAAAGUUAAUCGUCUUCGUCAAUGAGUUUCGCUUUAGUUUAAUUCAUUUUUUUAAGCGAAUAUUUUUAUGUUUUUUGUUAUUUAAUACGUAAAUAUGUCAAAGUUUCACGAAUCUGUACGAGAAUUGUUAGAAGAUGUUCAAAACUUCCUAAUGAUUCUCAAUAAAGAGAUAUUGUCAAUGGAAGCAUUGUCACGUAAAGAAAGUCUCCUCACAAAAUUGACUGUUUUGCAACAAGAUUACCCACAGUUAACUAUUAUAUCCAAAUCUUUGUCAUCAAAUCGAUAUGGAUCAAAUGGAGAUAUUCUCUCUUCACCUAAUCCUCCAUCUAGUCCUCCUCCUUAUGUUGAUAUGCAAGGAAACAGAAAUACAACAGGAACUAAUGAGCCUGUUGAUGAAGAUUACGAAGUAUGUAAUAAUGACAAAAAUUACAUACCUAAAGAAAAUCUACCAGAAAGUAAAUCUAUGAAUGAUACUGAAGAAGUUUCUAUGGAAGAAGAAAAAGAAACACCAGCUGUUGUGGCAUCGGAUUUAGUUAAAUCUGAAAAAUGUGGAUAUCUUGAGAAGAAAGGAAAAGAGAGGCUUGGUGGUCUUUUGAAUCCUUUCCAGCGUCGCUGGUGUGCUAUAAAAGAUGGAAUACUAUAUUAUUUUGAAAGACCCACAGACAGAAGACAGAAAGGUGAGAUACCAUUAGCAGGAUAUAGAGUUAAUCCGGCACCCACGGCAACAAAAGACGUUAAUAAACGCGAUCUAUGCUUUGAGUUGACGUGUCCAGGAAGAAAAACGUAUCAGUUUAUGGCAUUAACACCGAAAGACGUUAAACAAUGGGUAGCAGCAAUUGAAAGAAAUAAUAAAAUGUCUCACAAUGCUAAUAGUUUGGAGAUUUCGACAGCAAAUGAAUUUCAGAGAGACUCGUCUACUUUGGGAUCCGUGGAGAGCGACGAGGAUAACAUUUACGAAAUGGUCGACGAGACGGGUAAUCAGACCAAAUUUCCAAAAGGAGCGAACGAUGCCGAAAACGAACCUCUGUACGUGGAGGGAGAAUCGUGCGAUCAAAACGAUCUGUAUACCGAUGCCGAAAGCACGACAAACGAAUGGGAAAAUUUUAAUCCCCAAGACUGGUACGUCGGACUGUGGGACUGUAAAGGAGACGACAAAAACGAACUCGAUUUCUUGCGCGGAGAUCUUAUUCACAUAAUUAGCAAAGAGUACGAUUCCUGUGCCUGGUGGGUUGGUCUUUUGAAAGGCAAAGUUGGAUUAGUACCAAAAUCGUAUCUAAUGGAAGCUUAUGAAGCAAUCUAAUAUUUGAUGAUUUUUCCUAAGCCUUUAAGUUGCCUUUUCUGUAAAUUCUCUCUCUCUUUUUUUGU